AUGCGUGUCUUCGCGCCGAUAUUAAUCGCGCAUGCGGCCGCCAGUCGAACGCCAGUACCCGACGAUCGGAGCGCCCUGCACGUGGCCUGCGCGCGGCACAACGCGUCGGGCAUCGAGGCCCUCGUCGCGGCGGGCGCCGCGUCCGACGCCGCCGACGCCUCGCGGUCGUUUCAUGCGCUAUUAGACGGCUUCCAGAUCCGCCGCGCGUCGACGAUCGCGACCUUGGCGCCCUGGUUCCUCCCCGAGCGGCCUGAUUCUCAGCUCGGCGGCGGCUCGCAUCUCCGCCGGAGCGACGUCGUCGCACGCCUCGAGGCGAAACUCCUUCCGGCGCUCGCCGCGCUCCUGGCGACGGACCCGGCGCUCGCGGCGCGGCCGAGCGGCGCCAGCGCGUCGCCGCUCCACGUCGCGGCGACGCACGGCCUCGGCGCGUCCGCGGCGGCGCUUCUGAGAGCGGGCGCGGAUCCCCUCGCGACGUGGAAAGGCGUCACGCCGCUCGACAUCGCGGCGCGGCGCGGGGAGGUCGGCGUGCUGAAGACGCUCGCCGGCGCGCUCGACAAGGCGGACCCGAAGGCGCGGGCGAUCGCGGCGCGGCUCCGGAGCGACGCGGAACUGCGGGGGUUCUCGGUGACGCCGGCCGAGGUCGCCGACGCCUUCGCGGGCUGGCCCGCGCGCCGCCGCCGCCGCCGCGCCGCCGCGCCCCCGCCGGCCGGCGGGACGCCCCGGCACUCCGGCGAAAGCGAGGAGGAGCGCCGCGAGCGCCGGGGCACCGACGGCGCCCGUGCGCGCGACGGAGACCGCCCGCCGGCCGGCGGGACGCCCCGGACGCCGGCCGACGAUGGCGACGCGACGUGCGCCGAGGGCGGCGGCUGGGCCAUCGACGCCGACGUCCCGCGGACCUGCGACCUCGACGUCGUCGACGCGGCGGACCUGACGCCCGAGGCCUUCGUGCGCGACUACGCGUCCGUGAGCCGGCCCGUGCUCGUCCGGGGCGCCAUGCCGCUCCGCGACCGCUGCGCGUUCCUCGGGCGGGGCGCGCGCGACGUCGCCGACGGCGCGCGGAACAAGUCGCGCUGCGGCGCGACGGCGUACCCCUGGAUGACGCAGCAGGACGCCUGCGGCGUCUUCUCCAUGGACGACCUCGCGAACGGCCCCGCGCCGGUAUGCGCCAACGGCGUGAAGCCCGUCUGCGUCGCGCAGGCGGGCGCGCCCGAGGCCCUCAUCGGCGAGCCCGUGCUGCGCAACCUGCCCGAGGCCUUCAAGGGGCCCAAGACCGCGGCGCCCCUGCCCGUGCUCAGGGACGCCUUCGUCUUCUGGCGCCACGUCCAGCUCUUCGCCGGCGGCGACGACGCGGGCGCGACGGUCCACUUCCACGACGCGGCCUACAAUUUGCUCGUCUUCGGCACGAAGAAGUGGUAUUUAGCACCACCAGCGGACAACGCCGUGUCCGCGAAGCCGACGCGGGCCUGGGUCGACGCCGGCGGGCCCAAGUUCGAGUGCGACCAGGGCCCGGGCGAUCUCAUGCUCGUGCCGGAAGGGUGGGCCCACGCGACGAAGAACGCGGGGCCCGCCAUGGGCAUCGGCGUCCUCUACCUCCAGGCGGACCGCCUCGUCGCGGGCGAGGCCUGCAACCCGCCGGACAAGGCCGACGAGGCCGCGCGCGCGGACAGCUGGCGCGCGCUCCUCGGCGAGGGCGUCCGGCCCAAGCCGACGAAGCAGACGAAGAUGAAGGGCGGGCUCCUGGGCAUCGCCGACCAGGCGGACCAACGGGGCCGCGGCGCCCCCUUCAGCGUCAGCGACCUCUGCGCCGUCCACGGCUACGGGGCCACCGCGGGGAACGCGACGACGCCCGGGGUUCCUCCGGCGGUUCCUUCUGCGGUUCCUCCGGCGGUCGCGUCGACGAAACACAAAACACACAACAAAAACGCGACGACGCCGCCGCGGCCCGCCGACGCGUCCCGCGCGGCGCGCGGCGCCAAACGCGCGCGCGCGUUCGCGCGGCCCGCGUGCGUCGCCGCGCGGCGGUCCCGGGCCGCCGUCGUCGAGGGCUGGGCCGCGCCGGGCGCCCACGCGACGACGCUCGUGCUCGCGGCGACGGUGCCGCGCGCCGCCGUCGCCGAGCCCCUGCGCGGUACCGGCGACAACGACGACGUCGAGCUUUUCUACGUCGCGAACCAAAAGGCCGGCUCGACGACGUUCGCCAAGGACCUCGGCCGCGUGCUCGGCGCGGACGUCGACGCGCGCUGCGCGUGCCUCGGCGACCAGUGCGCGGCCUGGGACGGCCGCACCUGCAGCCGGCACCGCGCCAAGGGCCCCGUCGCGCCCGCGCGCGGCGACGCCGUCGCGUUCACGUUCGUCCACGACCCCGUGCACGUGUUCUGGGCCGGCGUGCGCCAGGCCGUCUGCAACGAGCGGCGACCCGAGGAGAAGGGCAGGAACAGCACGUUCCUGCGCCUCCCGCGCGACGACCGGCCGAGCGACGCGGGCGUCGCCGCGCUUCUGGACGACAUGGCCGCGGGCCGCUACCUCGGCGAGCCCCUGUGCGAGCCCUUCUUCCACGCGUGGCCCCAGGCGCUCAAGGUCGACGCGCGGCUCCCCGUCGCCGGGGAGGACGACCCGCUCCCCCUGGCCUUCGUCGGCGAGCUCGCGCACCUCGGCGACGACCUCGCCGCGGCCUUUGGCGCCGCGGCGCCGGAGAAGUACCACGAGUCGAAAGGGACGCCCUGCGAGGCCGCGCUCGAGGCGAGCGUCGCGCGCCUGUCCGCGGCGGCGAACCGCACGGUCUGCGACCUCGUCGCCGUCGACUUUGAGUGCUUCGACCUGCCCCGGAGCCCGUCGUGCGCGUAA